UGAUCAAUAUAAAAUUUAAAAACAGUGUUAAAAACUGUGCAACGUAUAACUAUCACAAUUAAAUAUUAAAAUUUCGAGUUCAACAACAAAAAAAGAAAACAAGAUUGUCUUUAAAUAAAGAGGUUUAAUAUGAAGUUUAUCCCCAAUACCUUUGCACAUUAUAGAAAAUAUAUAUUAGGAAAUCAACCCUUGCAAUUGCCCAUGGCAACCGGCAGUGCCGUAGAGUUUUUAAUUCUCUGCAGCAUUGGACUAUACUCUUUCUUGUUUUCGAUGGCAUGUUUUUUUGCUGUAGACAUUUUCUUAAUUGCAGGGAUUGUUUGGGAAAUAUAAUCUAAUUCAAGCUACUAAAUUUUUAAUUUGGAAAUAAAUAAUAGAGAUUAAAUACUGCAUUUAUGUAUAGUCCGAAAAUUAAACUUCUAUUAACAGUUUAUUAGGCUUUUCAUAAUAUGAACCAGUGUCCCAUGACUGGCAUAUCUAAGGCUGUGGUAUGUGCUGAUUUGCAUAUAAAAGAUACCCUUUUUUUUUUUGCUAAAAGAAAAAUUUAGUAGGUUUACUGAUCAAAUGUUUGACAUUCAUUAACUCAUAAAUAAUUGUGCUCUAGUGGUGUCAUUAAACAAAACACUUAAAAGAAUUGUUAAAUGUUAGAUGGGAAAAUGUUACAAUGGCUGAAAAGUCAGGAAUACCCCUUGCAUAUAUACCUGUGUAAUAUGAACUAUUUUUUCUUCUUUCUUUAAAAAAAAAAUGCUUAAACAAAUUAUUGUUGAUGCCCAGCCACUUGGUAUUGUAAAUUAUAUUGUACCUUUUUUUCUGAAAAUAAAAAAAAAAUUAACAAUGAAUUAUUACCCCAUCAACUGAUAACAAUAAUUUUUAUCCACUGGCAAAAGUGCCAGCGUUAUGUUCAAGCCCUAGAUGUUAGUCACCAGCAGUUGGUGAUGGAAAGAAGUAAUAAGCAGAAAAACAACCACCUGUGAAUAGUUGAUAUUUUUGUUGCUUUGUGAACUAUAUGUAAUUUUCAAAUGUCUUUUAGCCAGGUACUGGUAAAAAGCUGAAAACAACCACUUAUGGCUAGUUGAUAUUUUUGUUGCUUUGUAGACUGUAUGUAUAUUGCUGUUAGUCUGUUCCAGGCAGCUGGUGGUGAUAAGCUGAAAACCAACCACCUAUGGCUAGUUGAUAUUUUUGUCGUGUUGUGGACUGUGUGUGUAUUGCUAUUUGUCUCUUCCAGACAACUGUUGGUUAUAUAAUAAGGGAUAGGCUUGGAAAGCAACCACCUAUGGCUAUUUGAUAUUUUUGUUGCUUUGUGAACGGUAUGCAUUUACAAAUGUCUUUCAGGUAGGUACUAGUAACAAGAAACUAAAAACCAACCACCUAUGGCUAGUUGAUAUUUUUGUUGUGUUGUAGACUGGAUUUACAAAUGUCAUUCAGGCAGGUACUGGUAAGUUAAAAAGAAGCUGAAAGCAACCACCUAUGGCUAGUUGAUGUUUUUGUUGUGUUGUGGACUGUAUGCAUAUUGCUGUUUGUCUCUUCCAGGCAGCUAGUGGUUAUAUAAGAAGGGAUAGACUGGGAAACCAACCAUCUAUGGCUAGUUGAUGUUUUUGUUGUGUUGUGGACUGUAUGCAUAUUGCUGUUUGUCUCUUCCAGGCUGCUGGUGUUGAUAUAAGAAGGGAUAGACUGGGAAACCAACCACCUAUGGCUAGUUGUUAUUUUUGUUGUGUUGUGGACUGUAUGCAUAUUGCUGUUUGUCUCUUCCAGACUGUUGGUGGUGAUAAUAAGGGAUAGACUGGGAAACCAACCACCUAUGGCUAGUUGAUAUUGUUGUUGUGUUGUGGACUGUAUGUGUAUUGCUGUUUGUCUGUUCCAGGCAGCUGGUGGUGAUAAGAAGGAACACCUCUACAAGAUCCUAGUGAUCGGGGAGCUGGGAACGGGAAAAACAAGCAUCAUCAAGCGUUAUGUUCACCAGUUCUUUUCACAGCACUAUAGGGCUACGAUAGGCGUGGAUUUUGCCUUGAAAGUUCUCAACUGGGAUGCAGACACACUGAUUCGUCUUCAGCUAUGGGACAUUGCAGGUCAGGAGAGGUUUGGAAAUAUGACACGGGUGUAUUACAAGGAGGCUGUGGGCGCAUUUGUCGUAUUCGACGUAACUCGGGCGUCAACGUUUGAACUUGUAACGAAGUGGAAGAACGACCUUGACAGCAAGGUUCAACUUCCUGAUGGCUCCCCGGUUCCGUGCGUACUGCUAGCAAACAAGUGCGACCAGGCGAAGGAAGGUCUUGUAAAUAGCACAACACAAAUGGACGACUUCUGCAAAGAGAAAGGUUUCAUCGGCUGGUUCGAGACGUCCGCGAAGGAAAAUAUCAACAUCGACGAGGCUGCGAGGUUUCUGGUAACAAAAAUUUUGGAAAAAGACAAGGCUCUGAAAUUAGGAGAGCAGGAAGGUGACCCAGACAGAAUCGUUGUCAAUGGCAACAGUGCUCAUGGGAAAGAAGACAAGAAAUCAGCAUGCUGCUAAUAUUUCCAUACGGCAACUAAUUUUACCUUGUGGUUUGUGGUCUCUCGACCCUUGUUUAUAACCGGAAAACUUUUGUAUUUAAUUAAACCCCUGAGAAGAAUUUAAAGGAAAAUAUAGGUGCUUAUAGUUUAAAAGUUAUGGGCUGAAUUUACAAAACCUGUUUAUGUCUUACACACGUGUAACUACAAACAUUUGCAAUGCUUAAAACACCUGCGUUUAAGAAAAAUAGCCUUUGUAAAUUUGACUCUGAUUAAGUGUUUGACCUUAAACUUAGGUAAAAUUCAAGUUGCCACCUUUUUAGUCACCAUCUUGGAUAUUUUAUCAUGUGAACAUUUCAGCAGUCUUGCUUAGGUGCAUUGUGGGUAAAUACCGAUUCUAGUAGAAAGUAGAAAUGGUGAAAUAAGUCACCACAUAAUAAAUUCCUAUAAUUGUAAUAAUUUUGUGGAUUAAGCUCGAUUCCUGAAAAUUCAUUCAUGUCAAUGUUUUAACUGCUCGUGAGUGUUAGGAUUAGGUUAAUUCAUGGUUACACAAAUAUGAUUCAGUUGACUAAACAAUCGCUUACCUAAAUAAAAAUAGCAUGAACAAACAUUGGUUAUAUAAGAUUUGUAAAUAUUUUGUGGUUAACAGCUAUGAACUUAAUAAUAAUUUAUACGUUUUUACAAAAUUCUUAAAAGUAAUCAUUAUUCGUACUACAUGUAGUUAGUAAAAUGUAUCUACAUUGGCAUCUAUGUGUGUGUCCUUGUGCUGUUGGUAUAGUUUUAAAUAUUUGAAUGAUAUUUUUGAAGACAUUGUGAGUCAUUACUAAUUACAUGUACACGUACACAUACAUAGAUGUACGUACAUAGAGGUUAUUACCAGAGUGUUUUUCGGUAUCGUAAAUAUCAUAUAUUAGGAAUAAAAAAUGUAUUAUGUGAGCCUC